AUGGACAUAUUGCCAUUAAAAAGCAAUGCGGCAAGAUUGGUGGCACCUCCUAAUGGACAUCAUCGACAUCGCUUAAGACACGUACCGAGCAAUUAUAACACGAAGUUUAAAAAUCCUGACAUGAAAGAAGCUCUCCGAAAGGCAGCUCACCAAAUUCAGAAAAAGAAAUUUUAUGAUGCCAUGGACACAAUCAAGAGCGAGCAUCCAGAUACAUUUGAAUGGGCCAGAAAUAUACCAUUGGAGAAAUGGACACGUUCUCAUGAUAGAGGAAAAAGGUAUGGCUCCAUGACAACCAAUACCGUUGAGUCAGUUAAUGGAAUGCUUAAGGGGAUUCGUGCACUACCAAUAACUACAAUGGUAGAGAAAAUAUUUUUCCAAUGUGUCCAAUAUUUUGACACACGCCGCACGACCUUCUGCGAACAAUUGCAGUUGGGCUUCAACUUAACACCGGCAUGUCGUCAAAUUUUGAAUGAAAAUUUGAAUGAAGCAAACUCACUUAAUGUUCGAUUAUUUAAUCGCGAUUGUGGUGAAUUUGAAGUUUGGAAGGAUAGAACUGGGGACAACAACAUCAUCAAACUUUAUGAGAGGACAUGCACAUGCGAGAAGUUUCAAGAGAUACGUAUUCCAUGUUCUCAUGUCAUAGCAGCAUGCCAAUCAAUGUCAAUUAAUUAUGAGCAAUACGUUUCAAAUUAUUAUACAUUGGAACGAACGCUUAAGUGCUAUGAGUGGCAGUUUCAUGCACUUGGACAUCAUGAUGAUUGGCCAACAGACAAUGAUCCAAUCCUUGUACCUGACCCAAAUCGGAAAAGGUCUAAAGGAAGACCAACUUCUUUAAGGAAGAUGAAUGAAAUGGAUUGGAUGGUGAUUCAAAAGAGAGGGGAUCCGUCUAAAAUCCAUUGA